UACAGGUUGUUCACCCAGAAGAAGUGUUUGUGGGAUUGGAAAGAUGUCCGGGGGGAAACGGGACGCCAUUUAGCUAUACAGAAGAGGACAUCACUUUAAGGUACUUCUUAAGUUGUUGCCGUGGCAAUGAAGCCCGUGCGACCCCAUUCCGAAAUCUACCCGGCAGUGUGUUGUUCCGUCAGUCCAUCCGUGUCCUACUCCAGCUUGACGGAAGGACCGAUGGACGACGGUGAUGCCAACACACCCAUCUUCUCAGUCUCCAAGAGCUCCAUGGAUGUUUUCAAGCGUGACCCGACGUGGACCGGCCUGGAUCUACGCCGCAGCUCCAGCGCCAACGUCGAACAGGGCACGCUGCAGGAGCUGCACGGGUGGCGGCGCGUGGGCAGCCUGCAGUCGUCGGAUGGCAACAACCCGGCCGCCAUCAGCGAGCGGCUGGUGGCCAACAUGCGGCGCUGGAGCCGUUGCAGUGGCGGAGGCAGCGUGCACAGCCGCAGCAGCACGCCCGACACGGUGGUGUGGGUCGGCAGCGCGUCGCGACCCGGCAGCCUGGCGAAGGACGUGGCCUGCUGCGCCCCUUCUAGCUCUUCGACCACUCUCACCUCCUCGCCAUUCAUCUCCCCGUUCAUCUCCCCGCUGCUGACACCCACUUUGCCAUCCGUGAAACAAUACGCCUUGUCCCCGGCGUCCCCUCUGGAGUCCGCUACCACGCUGCUACCUGAGCACGGAGACUCUCCAGGGUCCCCCCUGGCAUCCACCACCCUGCCUCCUGAGCCCUUUUUUCGGCUGAGGAGUACAGAAGAUGACACCUCCAGCGGUAACCGCUUGCUUUAUUUUCAGUAUCCCUCCCCUAUGGCGUCAUCCGUGUGCUCAGAGGAAGGCGUAUCUCCAUCCCCUGGAUGCCUCCCCGAUGAGGAGACACCCCAGAUAUCCGAUGGCCAAGUUCAGGUGUCAACUUCAGUGGAUGAGGAGCGAGAACUGGAUGAAGAAGGUUCGGUGUGCCACCUCCAGUUGCCGUGGCAACCGCAGCCAAGGAGGUCGCCUCUGGUCUCCUCGCUGAGUGACUCGCUUCUGGGUGAGGGGUGCAGAUGCUCCAGAGGAGGAGCCCAAAGGGAGCCCAUCUUCAAGGAGAAGGCCCAGCAGAAAAUGGUGGACGCCGCCGUGCAGACGCUGUCCCCCACGAGUUCAUGGUUGGACCUCCACAGUAACACCUCCCACUCUCUACUGGGCUCGCCUCCCGGAUCCAAACUAGACCUGAAGGCCUCUGUGGACUCCAACUCUAACCUGGUGUCACCCUCCUCCAGCAUGAUCCCGCCGAGCGAGAGCGAGGAGGACGAGAAGCUGAAAGACGUUCUGGGGCGUAGAAGGUCGUGCCUUAAGACACAGGCCGGGGAGGAGAAGAAGGAGCCGGGGGGGAGGAGGCGGAGCAGCAUGAAGCAGGUGCAGUGGGACGAGGACGGAAUGACGUGGGACGUCCACGGCGCAUCCCUGGAGCCGGAAAUGUUGACCGCGGCCAUACGGAAGCACCUGGAACUCCACAACAGCCUCCAAACUGUCAAACGACCCUCGAAGAAGAAGAGCAAAGCUCCUGCUCCUCCUUCUGUGGUGCUCCCCGACGCCACUCCUCCAGACAACGCAGAGGAGAUGAUACAAGACAAAGGAGCCGAAAAGGAGGAGGCGCCUCGUGAAGUGAGCAAAGACGAGGAAGGAGACGCGGUAAAUGACAACAUCCCAAAAUCCCCCUCGCUCUCGCGUGGGACCAUACGGAAGAGGAGUGUUAUUAGGUCACUAAGACCAGGGUGGUGUGGAGGCUCAAAAAAGGAAGACGACUAA